UGAUCCGUUUGAUCGGGGAAGCAGCUUCUUACUCUCAUUGCCUAUCGCCGCCUAUCCUCCUAAUCCGGUCUUCCGUCAUUACCCUUUCACAAUGUCCGGCAAAUACGUUUUCACCAAGGGUCUGAAGGAGCUGCGCUUCCUUUUCUGUCAGACUUCAGAGCACAGUGCUCCCACAAGGACCUUCCUGCAGCGCGCAUACCCCACCAUGAAGAAGCACAACCCUCACGUCCCCAUUCUGAUCCGCGAGGCCAGCGGUACUCUGCCUAAGGUGUACGCCAGAUACGCAUUUGGCAAGGAGACACUCGAGCCAUUGAAUGGCUUGUCGGAUGCACAGAUCGAAGAAAAACUUACCAAGCUCGUGAAGGAGUCGUCAUAGCGAAUUUUCCGCACUUCCGUAUAUGUCCAUGCGUCGUGUUCAAAUCGUCAACCAUUGUAUCUAUAGAUGAAUUGGAAAAUUCAAUUUACUUCGAAACACUCAA